AUGAGCGGCUCCGGGCCCGCUCCGCCGCCGCCUCAGGCGCCCCCCGAGCCGGAGCCCGAGCCCGAGCCGGCCCCGUCGCUGCUGAGCGUCGACCUGUCCGGCCUGGCGGCGCAGUUGGCGCGGGGCCUCGCGCUCGUCUUCCCCGUGUACGUGCUGGGCUACCUGGGGCUGAGCUUCAGCUGGGUCCUGGUCGCCUUGUUCUGCCUCUUCUGGGUGCAGAGGCACCGGGGCGGGAAGAGCUCCCGCCUCGGCCGGGCCCUCGCCUUCCUCCGCGACGAGGAGCGGGCCGUGCGGCUCGCCGUCUCCACCGGCGACCUGCCCGCAUGGGUUCACUUUCCAGACACAGAGAGAGCAGAAUGGUUGAAUAAGACCGUGAAACACAUGUGGCCUUUCAUUUGCCAGUUUAUUGAGAAACUUUUCCGUGAAACAAUAGAACCAGCGGUGAGAGGAGCAAACAGCCAUCUGAGCACCUUCAGUUUCACAAAAAUUGAUAUAGGUAAUCAGCCCCUUAGGAUUAAUGGUGUUAAAGUGUACACUGAGAAUGUGGAUAAAAGGCAGAUCAUUUUGGAUCUUCAGAUCAGUUUUGUUGGUAAUUGCGAAAUUGACUUGGAAAUCAAGAGGUACUUCUGCAGAGCUGGUGUGAAGAGCAUACAGAUUCAUGGUACAAUGAGAGUUAUAAUGGAACCGCUUCUUGGAGACAUGCCCUUAAUUGGAGCACUCUCUCUGUUUUUCCUUAGGAAGCCACUUUUAGAAAUUAACUGGACAGGACUGACCAAUAUUCUGGAUAUUCCAGGACUAAACGGAUUAUCAGACACUAUAAUCCUAGAUAUUAUAUCUAAUUAUCUGGUGCUUCCAAAUCGGAUCACUGUUCCUCUUGUCAGCGAGCUGCAGAUUGCUCAGUUGAGGUUCCCCAUACCAAAGGGUGUACUACGAAUACACUUCCUUGAAGCUCAGGAUCUGGAAAGAAAAGAUACUUUCCUAAAGGGAGCAAUUAAGGGAAAGUCUGAUCCUUAUGGAAUCAUUCGUGUCGGCAAUCAGAUUUUCCAAAGUAAAGUCAUCAAAGAAAACCUCAGUCCAAAGUGGAAUGAAGUUUAUGAGGCUUUAGUGUACGAGCAUCCAGGACAAGAAUUAGAGAUUGAGCUAUUUGACGAAGACCCAGACAAGGAUGAUUUUCUAGGAAGUCUGAUGAUUGACCUAAUUGAGGUUGAAAAGGAACGCUACCUGGAUGAGUGGUUCACUUUGGAUGAAGUCUCCAAAGGAAAAUUGCAUUUAAAACUUGAAUGGCUCACAUUGAUGCCUACUGUAGAGACUCUUGACCAGGUGCUAAAAAGCAUUAGAGCUGAUAAAGACCAAGCCAAUGAUGGGCUUUCUUCAGCAUUACUUAUUCUCUAUUUGGAUUCGGCAAGAAAUCUACCAAGUAUCUACGAGGGAAACUUUGGGUGUGGAUACUUAAAAGAGAGGAGAGCUUCGGGACUAGUCUUUUGUGAAAAUACUACCUCACUCUAUAGAGCACUAUUUCAUAAUCCGUUAGAUUAUAAUCCAGACGCCUUGAAGAAGUCCGUGGUUCAGAAAGCCCUAAAGUCAGGAAAGAAAGUCAACAGCAACCCCAAUCCACUCGUCUCAUUGACUGUUGGACACAAGGAACAAAUAAGUAAGAUUCGCUACAAGACCAAUGAACCUGUCUGGGAAGAAAACUUCACUUUCUUUGUUCACAACCCAAGACGGCAGGAGCUAGAAGUCGAGGUUAAGGAUGAUCAGCACCAGUGCUCCUUGGGAAAUUUCAAGCUUCCUUUAAGCCAACUCCUGGCAAGCGAAGAUUUAACUAUGCAUCAGAGAUUUCAUCUUAGCAACUCUGGUCCAAACAGCACUAUAAGCAUGAAGAUUGCACUCAGGAUCCUUUCUCUUCAAAGACAAGACAGGCCUCUGGACUACCAACACUCGGCCCAAGUGAAGAGGCCCUCUGUUUCCAAAGAUGGGAGGAAAGGGUCUUUCAAGCCUCAGGUCCCUGCUUCUCCAGCCGCUGACUCGAACAAGCCUGCCCCUGCUCCCGCAGUGAUAGACCCUGAGAAAAAGACUGAUGUGGUUGAAAAAAGUCAUCCCCCUAAUCCCAGUCCUCAGUGGCCAACAGAUCUCAGCAGGAGCUCCUCCAGCCUCCUGGCCUCCAAUCUGAGCUAUUCACCCAGCCAUCUCUCCAUCAAAGAGCCUACUCCAAGUAUAGCCUCAGACAUAUCACUACCCAUCGCUACUCAGGAGCUACGGCAGAGACUAAGACAACUUGAAAAUGGCACAACGUUAGGACAGUCUCCGUUGGGGCAGAUUCAGUUAACAAUUCGUCACAGCUCACAAAGGAAUAAACUCAUAGUGGUGGUACACUCAUGUAGAAAUCUAAUCGCUUUUUCGGAGGAAGGAUCUGACCCAUAUGUCCGAAUGUACUUAUUGCCUGACAAAAGGAGAUCGGGAAGAAGAAAAACGAGCGUUUUGAAGAAGAAUCUAAAUCCAUUGUUUGAUCAAAGCUUUGAUUUCAGUGUUUCAUUACCUGAGGUGCAGAGGAGAACUCUAGAUGUAGCAGUAAAGAACAGUGGAGGUUUCCUGUCCAAAGAUAAAGGGCUGCUUGGUAAGGUAUUGAUACCGCUGGCUUUUGAAGAACUCGCCAAAGGUUGCACCCAGUGGUAUGAUUUGACAGAAGAUGGUACAAAGCCGCACAUCGCACCUUAGGCAGUUUUGGAUGCCGGAAGAUCCUGUUUAGCAUACUUUU